UCUGCUUUAUAUGAACUUUUAAGACAACACAAAUCGAAUCAACACUGGAUCGUCCGACUCCUACCACAUUCAAAUUGGAAAUCUUUCUAUGGAGACCAACAGGGAUCCUGGAGCAAUAUCAGCCCUCAUGAAGUGCCUGUACAGUUUUAAAAUCGUCAUGAUACGUGACGGUAAUGUGGGCAAGUCAUGCAUGCUGUAUCGAUACAUAAAUGGCUUGUUUCCAGAGAAAAUAUACUGUACCAUGGGAGCAGACUUCAGAAUUCACAUCCUAGAGGUGAAGCCAGGUGUGAGAGUAAAGCUACAGAUUUGGGAUACUACUGGUAAUGAAGCGUUUUGGAAGCAUCAGGUUGUCCAGUCUUAUAUUCCUCAUUCAGCUGGAUGCCUGCUGGUGCUUGACCUGGGCAAUCGUGAGUCUUUCAGAGUCGCUGAGCAUCAGUACACAGAGGUGUGUAAUAGAGUGAAUCCCUACACUGUCCUUUUUGUACUUGUGGGACACAAGUGUGACAGAAAAGAGCAGGAAGUGACUCAAGAGGAGGUGGAAGAGUUUGCAAGUGAAUUGAGAGCACCAUACAUCGAGGCCUCGGCUAGAUCGGGUCACAAUGUGGCAGAAGCUUUUGAGCUGUUGACCCGACGCAUUUAUCAGGGCUAUCUGAGUGGAGAGGUGCGUUUACAUGAAAGCUGGGGCAAGAUCCAUGAAAACAAGACCAACUAGGAUGAGCCAGUUGAAAAAUAAAAAUAUGCAAGACAUUAAACAACUAUAAAUCACAAAUUAGUGCUCUCAAACGAUUCAUCCAAAAUAAAACUUUUUGUUUACAUAAUA